AUGUCACAGUCGUGGCUCAGAACCUGUUACCUGAACCGUGCGCUCUCUCUCGGGGGUUUUGUUUGCCCCGUCGCUGCCUCAAAACAUCGGUUCAAACGUCAGCUUUUCUCUGUUGUUAGCAGACGAUGUGCUACCACGGCUGGAAUCGAGGUACGGGUCAGGUUUGCCCCAAGCCCGACAGGUUUCUUGCACCUGGGAGGCCUCCGUACUGCUCUCUACAACUACAUCUUUGCCAAAAAGCAUGGCGGCUCCUUUAUCUUGCGCCUGGAGGACACAGAUCAAAGCAGGCUGGUGCCAGGGGCUGCAGAAGCCAUUGAGGACAUGCUAGAGUGGGCAGGUAUACCUCCAGAUGAGAGUCCAGGCCGUGGCGGGCCAUUUGGGCCGUACUUGCAGUCAAAAAGAUUGGACCUUUACAGACAGACAGCGUCGCAAUUAGUGGGAAGCGGCAAUGCGUAUCAUUGUUUCUGCACACCUCAAAGGCUGGAGCUGCUAAAAAAAGAAGCUCUGAGAACCGGACAGACUCCAAGGUAUGACAAUCGAUGUCGACACCUUCGGACUGAGCAGGUCCAGGAAAAGCUGGCACAGGGAACGCCUCAUGUGAUCAGGUUCCGUCUUGAAGAGGGAGUGGAGCCCUUUGAGGAUCUUAUUUUCGGGUGGAAUCGUCACGAGGUGGCACAGGUGGAAGGCGAUCCUGUGGUUAUAAAAGCAGACGGUUUCCCCACCUACCACCUUGCCAACAUAGUAGACGACCACUACAUGAAGAUCAGUCACGUACUGCGAGGCUCCGAGUGGCUGAUCUCCACCUCUAAGCAUCUCCUUAUGUACCGCGCCCUCGGAUGGCGGCCACCCACUUUCGGGCAUUUGCCGCUACUGACCAACAAGGACGGCAGCAAACUGUCAAAGAGGCAGGGGGACAUAUUUAUCCAAAGGUUCAAGGAAGACGGCGUCCUGCCAGAGGCUCUGCUGGACAUCACCACCAACUGUGGUUCAGGAUUCAGCAACAAUCGACUGGGGCGGACUUUAAAUGAGCUGAUUUCUGAGUUUAACCCCUCAACGAUCACGACACACUCUGCUUUGCUCGACCUUGAAAAAAUUCCAGAGUUUAACAAAAUCCACCUUCAGCAUCGAAUCGAAGACGAGCAGCAGUGCAAUUUUCUGAUAAAGGAUCUGCAGGGACAAAUCCGUCAGGCCUUCUCGGGCGAGAUUCAGGAUGAAGAUGUCCUGCAGGAGGAUUACAUCAGGCGGGUUCUACAUUUACGGAGGGGUCACAUAUCCUAUCUGCGGGAGCUCGUGAGCCCAGCUUACUCAUACCUGUGGGUUCGUCCUUCCUUCUCCGGUCAACAGGUGGCAGUGCUUUCCACGGAGGCCAAGCAAAUUGCCACACUAGCAAUCAAAUUAGCAGAGGAACGAGGCGAGGAGGAAACCAAUCAAAUCAGUAAAGAUUUGAAGAUGCUGGCUAAGCAAACCAAAAGCACCAAAUACCGAGAUGUGAUGAGACUCUUGCGAUUGACUCUCAGUGGACUGCAGCAAGGACCCAGCGUUGCGGAGAUGAUGGUAGCCUUGGGGCCUGCAGAGACUGUCUAUCGACUCAAGAAGCUUCUUCUGCUCCAUGAGACUGACUAG